AUGGCUGGGACGAAGGAGCUUCUGGUGCUGAACAACUUCAUAGGUGGAAAAUUUCUGCCUUGUAACUCUUAUAUUGAUUCUUAUGAUCCAUCGACAGGAGAAGUAUACUGCCGAGUACCAAAUAGUGGAAAAGAUGAGGUGGAAGCUGCUGUGAAAGCAGCCACAGCAGCCUUUCCUGCCUGGUCCUCACGGAGCCCCCAGGAGCGCUCGCAGGUACUGCAGCGGCUGGCAGAUUUGCUAGAACAAUCCCUAGAGGAGUUUGCCAAGGCAGAGUCCAAAGACCAAGGUAAAACCAUAACAAUGGCAAAAACGGUGGACAUUCCCCGCUCAGUGCACAACUUCCGGUUCUUUGCCUCUUCGAUCCUGCACCACACGUCCGAGUGCACCCAGAUGGACCACAUGGGCUGCAUGCACUACACCGUGCGCAUGCCUGUGGGAAUCGCUGGUCUGAUCAGUCCCUGGAACCUGCCUCUGUACUUGCUGACCUGGAAGAUCGCGCCGGCGAUUGCUGCGGGCAAUACCGUGAUAGCCAAGCCCAGCGAGCUGACGUCGGUGACCGCGUGGAUGAUGUGCCAGCUCCUGGGAAAAGCAGGUGUUCCUCCAGGAGUGGUAAAUAUUGUGUUUGGAACGGGGCCAGGUGUAGGGGAGGCCCUGGUGUCCCACCCAGAGGUCCCCCUCAUCUCCUUCACUGGGAGCCAGCCCACCGCCGAGCGGAUCACGCAGCUGAGUGCUCCCUACUGCAAGAAGCUCUCCCUGGAGCUGGGGGGCAAGAACCCGGCCAUCAUCUUUGAAGAUGCCAAGCUGGAGGAAUGUAUUUCGAACACCGUGAGGUCCAGUUUUGCCAACCAGGGUGAAAUCUGCCUCUGUACCAGCAGGAUCUUUGUCCAGAAGAGCAUCUAUAGUGAAUUUUUAAAGAGGUUUGUAGAAGCUUCCAGAAUGUGGAAAGUGGGCAUUCCCUCUGAUCCAUCGGCCAGCAUGGGAGCUCUGAUAAGUAAAGCUCAUUUGGAGAAAGUCAGAAGUUACAUCAAGAAAGCUCGAACCGAAGGGGCCCAAGUUCUUUGUGGUGAGGGAGUGGAUGUGUUGAGUCUCCCUGCCAGGAACCAGGCAGGCUACUUUAUGCUCCCCACGGUGAUAACAGACAUAAAGGAUGAAUCCCCCUGCAUGAAGGAAGAGAUAUUUGGUCCAGUGACGUGUGUCGUCCCCUUUGACAGUGAAGAGGAAGUGAUCAAAAGGGCCAACAAUGUGAAAUACGGGCUGGCAGCCACAGUGUGGUCCAGCGAUGUGGGGCGUGUUCACCGGGUGGCUAAGAAGUUGCAGGCAGGUUUGGUCUGGACCAACUGCUGGCUCAUCAGAGAGCUGAAUCUUCCUUUUGGGGGGAUGAAGAGUUCUGGAGUGGGCAGAGAAGGUGCCAAAGACUCUUACGAAUUCUUCACUGAAGUCAAGACCAUCACUGUGAAACAUUGA